AUGGGUUAAGCAAAUUCAUAAAAUUUACAAUAAUCAAAAAUGGAUGUUCCUAAGAUCAGUUAGCUAUAAUUUUGGAAGUAAUCUACAGAUAUUCGAUAUGGAGAAAUUAGAAUAUUCAAGACUUAGGAUCAACAUGCUGUAGCUGUUAAAGAUCAUAUUUUUUAAGAUGAUGAAUAAUGGAAUUAAUUCAAAAUAAUAUAAGAAAAAUAAAUGGGAAACGUAAUUUUUCAUAAUAAAUUAAAUAUAGAAAUAGAGCACUCCUUUCUUAAUUUAAAUGAUUGAUUUAUAACAUGUUACAGAAAAGGAACUCUGCACUUAAUUAACUUAAGCUCAUAGUGUCUAUGAAUAUUUUGAUGAAUAUUUAGAAAGAGUUAUAAAUGAAUUAGCUGAAACUAAAUAAUAUUUUGAAGAAAUUGAAAUAGUUGCUAUGUUACAUUGUACAGUAAUAAACUGAAAUCUAAAAUUAGUUAAUGGCAUUAUAAAGAUUAAAUGAUCAAUAGAAAUAACAUGGUGACAUUAGACCUUUGACUAUAAGUAUGACAUCUUUUGCAAAAAGGAGUUAAUUUCGUUAGAAUCAUCCAUUUCCAGUUUUUAAAUUAACUGACAUCUAAGAAAUGACAGAAAUGAAUUCUUAUAGAAGAUGCAUAGCUAAAUAAUAAGGUUAGUAUAAUUUAAGUCCUGAAUAAUUAUCUUCACUUAAACAGAAAGUAUUAAGACCAAAUAUAGAUUAAAAUAAAUCAGAUGUAUUUUGUAUUGGAUUAACAGCAUUAUAAAUGGCAACUUUAAGUUUUAUUUAGGACAUUUAUGAUAUUCAAUCCUAUACUUUUAAUAUGGAAAAAUUAGAUGAUCAUCUAUUUUUUCUUAAAUCUUAAUAUAGUUCUGAUUUAUAUGAAAUAGUUGAAUCUUUACUUGUUAUGGCUCCUGAUAAUAGGCCUAAUCCGAAACAAGCUCAUGAAUUAUUACAUAGAUAUAGAUUUUAAUUGGAAGAUUAUUUUAGAGUAAUAAUAUAAAAUUUACAUAUAUUAGUUCUCUACUAUUUCUGAAUUCAUACCAAAUUAUUCAAUUGAUUUUAGAGAAUAGAGUAAUGGAUAUGGUAUUUAAAAAUAAAGAGUUGUUGAUCAAUAAUUACAUGCAUCAUAAAAUUAAGAUCCAAAUAAUUUAUAUCAUUAAGUUGAGGAUCUCGAUUAAAGAGCUAAAAUAGCUUUAAAAAGAAGUUAGGAUGCUUAAAUAAGAUUCUAAAAAUCUCCUACAAAAAAAAUGAAAGUUCCUCUUCCUAAUUGGGAACCAACUAAAUGUUUACAAUAAUACUAGAAUUUAUAACCAAUUACUUUAUAAGAAAUUCUACCUUUAUAAAAUAAAUAAAUGAAUAUUUAGAAUGAUUAAAUUAUUAUAUAGGAUCCUCCUUCUAAUAGACAAUCUUUCUUUAAAAAAUUAACUAAUCCCUAAUAAUAUUAAUAACAGAAUUACAAUGAACAUGAAUAAAUCAUCCAUAAUGAUGAUGAAUAUGCUUAUAAUCAUUAAGAAAUUGAUGAAUAACCAAAAUAAAGUUUAGUUGAAUAAGUUGAAUUAACAAAUUCCAAUUUAAAAACUUUAUAAUAAAAACCUAUUACAAAUUAAUAUGAUAAUAACUAAUUUUAAUAAUAAUCAUUAUUUCAAUCAAUUAACACUGAUUAAAAGAAGUUUCCUUAAUAAUAAUAAAUACAAUAACAAAGUUAUUCUUAAUAUUAAUAAUAAUCAUAUCAAUAUUCAAAUCAAGUUUAAUCAAAACAAUUAUAAAAUAUUGAAUAGUAAUCAUAAGCUAGAUCAUCAACUUAUAAUUAUCCAUCAAAUUAAAUUAAUGAAAGCAUGAAUGAUCAUCAAAGAUCUCCUUAUGCUUUAUAAUAAAGAUAGUCUUUAGCAUUAUCUUAAGAUAAAAUGAUAACAUAAUAAUUAACAGGAUAAUAAGUUGAGCAAACUCUUUAAAAUCUUUAAAAUAGAUAAUCUAUUCGUCAAGAUUCAUUUGGAGUAGGAUCUUAAAGACCAUAAUAACCAUUAGUAGUUCCAAAAUCUCCAGAAAUAGAACCUAAAAAUAUUUUCCCUUAAUUUGAAUAAGAAAAAUAACCUUAAUAGAAUUAAAGAUCUCCAAUUUAACCACUUGAAAGGAUUGAUGAUGAUGAAUAAGAGCCUAAUUAUAAUCCACAUUUAACAGAAUCAAAUGACUCUUAAUAAGCAAUAUCAAUAUAGAGUAAACCAUAAAGUAUGAGGGGCACAAUGGUAGGUAGUUAAAAUCAAUUAAAGGUUCCUCCCUCUACUGUAUCUAGAUAAUAACGUCCAACAAUAUAAAAAUAGUCAACUACUUCAUAGAAAAAUAUUUAUAAUCUUUCAUAAAAGAAAAGCAGUAAAAUAAUAAAAAAAUGA